AUGAAUACGAGUCGAAGUAAAAUGCUAGUUAGACUGUCAAAACAAAAUAUUAAACAUUAUAAUAACACAGACUCAGUUACUGUUGUGUCCAAUGUGAUAAGUGACUUUCUAGAAAAAGAAAAUAGAAACCGCAAUAAUCACAAUGAGUAUGAAAAUUACCUUCAAGAUGAUUUAGGAUCAAGAAACUUUAUAAGUCCUAUCUGGAACGAUAGUGAGUCUCAACUUAAUGAAUACAUUUCAGAAGAAUUAGGAGAAAGAGUUUACGCCCAACUGGUACCUGCUUUAAUUUGUGAUAAGAAUUUAGACGUCUCAAAUAUUUCCACAGAAGAUUUUCACCAAUCCACAAGUUCGCAUAUUCAUGUUAAUAGCGUUCAAUCUAAUUUAUAUUGUGAUCUUACGUCUAAAACAAAAAUCCAGUCAAUAAAGAACCAAGAACACAUUGCUACUGGAUCGAUAAAUAAUUUAGAUGAAGAUGAUUUCGAUACUUUGAAUCUUUUGACUGUGACACAAAACAUAAUAUCUACUGAAUUAUCGACUGAAAUGAACCAGCACCUUGUUUAG